AUGAUAAGGCAUUUUUCAACAAGCACAAUAUGUCAGUCGUCAUUGUCUAAAUAUUUGCCAAAGACUUUACUAGGUCACACUCUUAGAGGACAGAUUAUAAUGAGUCCUCAAUUAGCUACAGUAAUAAACAAUAAUAUAAUUUCUAACCAUUUACCUAACAACUUAAGACGUAUCAUACAAAAAUUCUAUAUCCAAUUAAAAGAAACAGAAAUGUUCCCUGUGGUUAAAACCCAGCUGGAGACUGAUUCCUUUAUCGGUGCUUUCUUCCUUAGAGAUUAUGCAUCUUGUUAUUCCGUUUUAUAUGAAUUGAAAAGAAGAUUUGAUUUGAUCGGAUUUGCUCCUAAAUCUAUCCUUGAUGUCAGUCAUGGUCCUUCUACAGGUAUGCUUGUACUAAAUGAUCUUUUGAAUAACAGUGUCCAUAAAGACAACAGCAUUCAGAAAUCUUGGGGUGCAGAAAGAAAGGACUCUGUAAUACUCUCUAGCAGUGGAGAAAUGUCAAGGAGAGCCAGGAUGUUGCUGGAUGCACAACCAUUGGAGAGGCAGGUUCAGACUAGGUUAUUGUCAACCGUUCCCACCUCACUUAAAUACAAUUUGAUUAUUUUGAACCACCAGAUGCUAAAGGACCCCCGUAAGUAUCCGUAUGAAAUAGAUUCGCAAUUGAACCAUUAUUUGUCUCUUUUAUCUGAUGAUGGUGGGUAUCUUGUCAUUGUAGAAAGAGGUACACCUACCGGUGCUGAGACCGUUGCAAGGGUAAGAGAAUUGAUUAUUCGUCAGAACAGUUCUUUAACAGCUACGACAGGCAAAGAUAACAGUGUUGGCGGUGAUCACCACCAGGACUACUCUAUAAUUGCCCCGUGCUCACAUAUGAACAAAUGCCCCUUACAAUUAGGUAACCUAAAUUAUUAUAAACUGAAUGAUCCAAACGAUAGUCAACUACGUAAAAAAUUGAAAUUUAUCUCGUUUGAAAAAAUGGUUCAAAGACCCAAAUUCUCUAUUGAAUUGAAACGUGGCAAGCUGCUAUCUUUGUCUUGGAAUAAUCAAGAUAGAAGAAAGCUAUUAAACCUAAGAGGUAAAGGUAGACCCAAUGGCAACAACUACGAAUUGGUUAAUUAUACCUAUUUGGUCGUAGGUAAAUCUGUUCCAUCGUUAGAAAUGGAUAAUUGGCCAAGAAUCAUCAGCCCUCCUAUUAAAAAAAAGGGGCAUGUCAUCUUAAAUGUUUCCACCGUUCCAGAUGGGAAAGUUGAAAAUUGGAUUAUCCCUAAAUCCAUGUCAAAGGAAAUUUACCAUGACGCAAGGAAAUCAAAAUGGGGUGAUCUAUGGCCACAUGGUGCAAAGACUAAGAUUCCAAUAAGAAACAGGAUAGAUUUUGAACAUUUGAAAGGACUCGAAAAGGACCGUAUUAAAAAUUUGAAGACUGAAGAACGUAAAAAAAGAUUAGAACUGAAGAAAAGAUUAAUUGAACUGGAUCAGGUCAAAGAACCUACAAAGGAGAAUAUUAAUGAAUUAGCAAAUAUCUAUAAAAUGUUGUUAUAA